AAAGAAUUCAUCAGUAAUGAUGGCCUGGUGUAAUCCAAGCUAGAGAAGAUUGGGUGUAUCAGGAAAGACCUAUCUAUAAUUAGGUACAGCUUGGUCUCUAGUAGGCUGAAAAAGACAGUAGGGGGAAGAAGGGAGAGAAAAAAAUAUGGAAAUGAGAUCUCUUGGGAAGAUGACUUCUGCUUUGGGGCUGCAGAUCAUCAUAGCUCUUCUACUAUUUGGAUACACUGUUGAAUCUUCAGCCCGUGGACCCAGCAGUUCAGACCUGAUUGAGGAGCAGACCCAUCUGUACUUCAUUAACUUUAAUAGCACCACAGCUGUGUCUGUACAGGUAGAUACCAAGACUGUCUUCUCCUGCUAUACUUACUCAAUGAAGAAUCUUAUAAUGGCAAUAUGGAAAAUAUUUCCCAGAGACAAAAUUCUCUGUAUCAUGGCCUAUAGAUCAGAUAAGAAUGAAACCAAGGAAAUAAACUGCUUUAAUGAGAGGAUAACCUGGGAAUCUAGACCUGAUCAGAAUCUUGCCCUUCAGAUAGACCAAGUGACCAUUGAAGAUGAUGGGUAUUACAUGUGUGUUGUUGUAACACCUGAUGGGAAUUUCCAGUCUGGCCAUUGGCUCAAUGUAUUAGUGCCUCCCGAGACAUCUUUGUCUGUGGAUGGGAAUGGGACUGCCACUUGUGAAGCUUCUGCUGGGAAGCCGGCUGCCCAAAUCUCUUGGGUCCCAGAGGGAUAUUGCCUCAGUGUGAAUGAAACUCAUGGCAACAGGACAGUGACUGUGAAGAGUAUGUGUCACUGGAAUGGACUCAAUGAAACUAAGGUGACCUGCUCCAUUUCUCACUUGACUGGGAACAAGAGUUUGUCCAUAGAACUUCUACCCAGUCGUCUCAACCAUUUCGCACCAUUGUUGCUCUGCAUCAGCCUCUGUGUUCUCUUGAGCAUAAUGACCAUUAUGGGAUUCAUCCUCAUUUGGAAGGCUGUUUGCCACAGGAACUGUGAGUCCCAAAGGACAAGGUCUACUCCAAAUAUUAAUAUGGAAGAGGAACCUUAUGUAAAUUACAUGAAGAAUGUGCACUGUGGAAAUAAAAGUAAAAAUUGACUUCGAGGGAUACCACAUGAAGACCACUCUUUCUUAAAUCCUGUCAGCUAACUGACAAGGAUUUGGGGGGAAAGAGUGGAAUCGACAGUAAUAUUUCUAAACUGUCCAGAAUUCUCCUUCCUACCUCCUUGCACCUCCCUAAGCAGAGAAGGAAGAGUGAUAUGAUUUGGGAUUCGUUCCACUGUGCAUUAUUUCCUUCAUGGACUCUGAGUGGUAGAGAAUUUGUGAUAAUUAACUGGCAUCUUCCUUGAUUAUCUAAAGUGCAACCUAAAGCUUAUAGCAUUAAUCAGUGUUUGUUGUGCAUUUAAUCAUUUAACAUCCUGCUUGUGCCCUGGCUAACCAAUUUGUACAAUGAUUAAAUUUUGACAGCUCAUAUCUUGGGGUUUAGGGGCUAGAUUUUUUUUCUCUCUUCCCUACUUAUUUAUUCUAUCUUUUUUUAACUGGGACAAUUAACUUUUUUCUCCCAAGUAGUUUCAUUUAUGGUUUCUUGAAACAGAGCCUUACAAAACCAGGCUUUGAUAAAACCAAUUGGGAUUCAAAUGGAACUACUUGACCAUGCCUUAAACCUAAAUCACUCUGGCUCUCACUGAUUGGCCAAUAAUAGCUCCCAGCUUAAGUUUCACUUGGUCGUUGUUUGCAUUCUGAUGGCUAACAGUGAGCUAAGUAGCAAUUGUUUCUGCUCUGGCCAGAAACCCUGAGGGUCUUCCCCUUCCAAUUUUUUUUUUUUGA